CAGAGAACCAGCCACAUAAUCCGUACACGUACAUGUACUCAUUCGUGGUCUGAGCUGAGUGGGCACAUUUUCUCACAAAUUAGGCUCAAAAUGAACGUUGUUACCGCAGUUUUAGAAAGGCUGAACGAACAGGGAGGUGAUCUUAAUCGUCACCCUGGUCUUAUGGACAACGGUGAACCAAUAGCAGCAAAAUCAGCGUUCAGUUACGUACCGACAGUACGAGACGAUCCGAAGGAGCACUCAGUGUUCAAUAGUAAACAGAAGUCGGGACCGCAUUCAACCUAUGACAGAUUGUUUCACAAGCAAGAGGGGUAUAACAACAAGUUACAUCGAUGUGACAGAGAACACGCCAAAUCCAAGGGAUUAACCGUCAAUGAUGAGGAAAAAGAAAAGAUUAUUCCGUCGCUGUCUUCCUCUGAAUAUGGGCAUCGACUGCAGAACUUCAACGAUCCUCCUGGCAGGGACCACGUCCGUAUCGCUCAUGUCCAGACAGAGUUCUUUAGUCGGACAGGUAUCAAUAUAUCCAAUGAGAUGCACUGAGAGUGCCAAUUCUGACCUGAAGUGGGAUGCUGUAACUUUACUGUAGUUGAGCAUUACAGACAGGAUGGUACAUGCAACAACCAUGAACAGGUGCACAGUUGCAUGACCUCCGCCAGUGAAAGUGAAUACAGAAAUAUGACCAAGUAAGAGGUCUCUGGUUGGCAUGCAAUGCUGAGCCUGCAAUUUCUCCAGUGUGCCCUUUCCUAGUGAGCAUCUCUUACAAGUUCCACAUUUGUAUGCCACAGUGCUAUCCUCUUGAAGGGCUGGACUCGGGUGCACGUAAUAAGCAGCGCCAACAGUGAAAAAAAGUGUCCUCAUUUACAUGUAGAUGUUUUUUUUCCUCCUGAACGCUCCUCAGUUGCCCAAGGAGUGUAUGCAUUUUAUCCAUAGCAUGUACAGUACUGGAACUGUGCGUCAUGAAUUUUUGUAACACAUUUCAGUGGUGGAUCUAAAGGGGGCACAUGUGGGCUGGGCUUCCCCCAUUUUCCUGUUUUCUUAGAGAAACCAUUUCCCUUUCCCUAGAUACUUCUUGUAUUUUCAUCUGGUAAUUUAAUAACCUGAAAAAGGAGAUUAUCACUUACAUUCGUAAACCAUGGCCUGUUUGUAUUUUUGGGUUCACCAUCAUUUGGGUUCCCCCCCACUGCAAAAGCCUGGCAUCCUGUUGUAACUGCUAGAUGCAUCAACAGAAAUUGGCCUCAGAAGUAGUUGGACCACAGCAGCAGCAUAGGCAGGAUUCUGAGCGGGGGGGGAUAGAUGUUGAUAUUUCAUGGGGAGCAACCCCCCCAGCCACUCCGCUGGAUAACGGACAAGAUGUUCUGGAACAGAGUGUGAAAUAAACCUUUCCUUGAAAAGAAACGCCUUGGCCAUGAUGCCAGUUUGCCUAUGCACUUACAGUAAUUGAGUAUUUGCCCUUCGCUGUGGUCAUUUAUCAAGCACUGUGCAUACAGCAUGUAUUAAAUUAGCUACUGAUCAGCAAAUGAAAUAUUACAAUAUUUUUUGCCCAUGCAGAAACUCCAAUUCCAGUUGUGUACAUAAUUGAUGCUUUUGCAUUUAGUCUUUUAUAUUUUGAAUGAAUGUGCUCAUGUAUGUAUCAUGUAAUUUUAGAACUACCAAAUGAAGAAUUUUAUUCAAUUAAAAAAACCCAUCAUUUAGCUGUUCCAACUGAACGUGGUUGAGCCAUAAACAUUUCCAAUCCAGUUGACAAGCUGUCAGUCAUCAGUGGAGUAGUAAAAGCAGACCUUAAGAUGAUUAUGUUAUCUUGUGUUAUCUUGCGAGAUACUUGGCAUUCAGCAAAACAAUUCCCUCUGACUCCCUUCUGACUUUGAACAGGAAAACUGCACUUACAGAGGCUUGAUGUGGUGUUACUAAUUUAUUAUGGGCAAAGUCUGCUGGUUCUGUAGGCCACCAAUUAACACACCAGCUUUGUAAUACGCACACCCUGUGUGAUGUCCAUUUCUAUUUCUGAUGUAAAUGCCUUUUUCCUUUAAGUUUAAUCAAACACAUGUAUGAACUGGAUAUUUUCAGCUAUUUCCUGCAACUUCACUGACUGUACAUUGCAAGCCAACUGGCUCCCUGAAACAUGUAACAAAUCUGAGAUUAGAUAAGUAUUAAGCUAUUGUGUAAUGAGAUAUUUAAAAGCUUCAAGAUAAACUGGCAAAACAAUAGCUCUUAAAAGGUCACAUUUACAGUCAGGUUAUGCUAUUAUUUUCACUAGAAAUAAACAUGAGGGAAAGUCACAUCAGUGUUUUUAAAACAUAUAUCAAGUGUUGAAAUUAACCCAUUCUCUGAUGGCUUAUUUUGUGUAUUGUGUGAAUACGUAAUUCAUAUUUAAUGUUUGUUCAUAAUUUGUACAGGAAAAAAACUGGGAAAACUGGUGCCAAAUCUGACACCAAGUCAAUGGUCCCUCAAAUGUAAGCUUAGAUAUUGUACCGGUAAAUAGUGAGAGGUUAGUCAAACAAACUCCAGACAGUCGACCCAUUACUUUCAUACGAUUCUGGAUGUGGAUCUAUGGAUAAAAUUAAUUGACUUUCAUUUCUUGUGCCCUUGGGGCUCAUUCUAAUUAAAUACCCUAAGUAUUUUUGGACUAUUCACUGAGUGACUUGUGUGUGUAAUAAAGUUUGAAUUUAAUUAAUGCUUUUAUUUGA